UUUAUUUUGAAAACUGUUCAUACCCGGAAGUAAAGCGGAAACGCGAUUUAUGCAUGUUUUCAGCUUGAAAUGCAGUCAGGUCGCUGUGCUGCUGAAUGAUGGGAUGCAGUGAUGGCGGUGGUCAACCUGUCCUUUGCUGCUUGCGGCUUUCUGGGUAUCUAUCAGCUUGGCGCAGUCGAUGCUCUCCUCACACAUGGACACAGGCUGCUGUCGUGUUUGAGAGCCUGCGCUGGGGCAUCAGCUGGAGCUCUGGUGGCUGCUGUCCUCACCACCGCUCCUGACAAGCUGGAGCAUUGUAAAGAAUUUACCUACAGAUUUGCCAGCAAUGUCAGAAAACAGAAGCUUGGUGCGAUCACGCCUGGAUACGACUUCAUGCUUGAGCUGAGAGGCGGCAUCGACCACAUCCUGCCUCCCGACGCUCACCUGUUGGCCAGCGAGCGGCUCCACGUCUCUCUGACCAACUGCAGGACGGGGAGGAACAGCAUGGUGUCCAGCUUCCCCUCCAGAGAGCGGCUCAUUAAGGUUCUUCUGGCCAGCAGCUUUGUUCCGCUGUAUGCAGGAGUGAAGCCAGUGGAAUUCCAGGGCCAGAAAUGGAUGGAUGGGGGUUUCACAGACAGUCUUCCCAUCCUGCCUGUGGGACGGACCAUCACCGUGUCUCCGUUCAGCGGCCUGCAGGACGUGUGCCCACCUCACAGGGGUCACAGGAAGCUGAACCUUAGACUGGCUAACAUGACCGUUACACUUUCCACUGAAAACAUCAAACGACUGAACCAGGCCUUGUUCCCGCCAUCCCUGCUCCGAAUGCAAGGGUUACAUCAAGAAGGCUACGAGGAUGCGCUGCGCUUUCUCAGGACUGAGGGCUGGACACAGGCGUAAAAACAAGGGCUUUAUUUUAAAAGAUUUAUUUAACCUUGAAUGUCUGUGUACAACAAUAAAUCGACUUUUUCAGGCAAGUUUUAUACAAUGUUUGUUGGGGUGUAUAGGGUCAUUUUUAAUUCUAACAUCUUGAUUGAAGUAAUAUAUGUAUAUUUUAUAUAACAUAUUAGUUUAUUCUUAGAAUAAGUUGCUGCUGGAAAUUGUCUGUUUUGACAAACUGUUUCUUAAAUAAAAGUUGAAUUUUACAUUAA